UGCUUCCGGGCUCUCAUCAUGGGGGACUGAGGGGCAGCGCCGGCCGCCCGCGCCCUCCCCGCCCGGCCCGAGCCCUCCCGCCCUCGACCCCCGCCCGCCUCCCCUCGCCCAGUCUCUGCGAAGCGGCGCCAGCCUCCUCGGGGAGCGGCCGGGGGAGGCGCCGGGUUCAUGUUCCGGGUCGCUGAACCUACCCCGACCCGAGCUCAGGCGGCGAGGAAGAGCUGGCAUUUCAGUAGGACUAUGGAGGAGCUGGUUCAUGAUCUGGUCUCAGCACUGGAAGAAAGUUCAGAGCAAGCCAGAGGAGGUUUUGCUGAUACUGGAGAUCAUUCUCGAAGCGUGUCUUGUCUUCUAAAGAGGCAAGCAAGGAAAAGGAGGGGACGGAAAAGACGUUCAUUUACCACCCAUCACCCCUGGGAGACUGGGCACUGCCUGAGUGAGGGCUCCGAUUCCAGUUUGGAGGAAUCAAACAAAGACUACAGGGACAAUCAUGCCACCAAGAAAGACCUCAGCGAUUCUGAUGACCAGCUGUUGGUUGCUAAACGUAGGCCCUCCUCAAACUUGAAUAACAUUAGAGGCAAAAGGCCUCUGUGGCAUGAACCAGAUUUGGCUGUGGACAGUUUGGGAAACAGAACUUUGCGCAGGAGGAGAAAGGUAAAACGCAUGGCGAUAGAUCUGCCGUCAGAAGUCUCUAAUGCACUGACAAUAACUCAACAGCAGGAUAACAGCAGAGAUCAAGAAAUGGACAAUAACAAUAAAUCAUACCAGCACCAGGAGUUUUCCAAGAGCAAAGUGAAGAAAAGAAAAGUAUCUGCAGCUCGACAAGGUCCAGAAAUCUUGGAUGAAGGAGUAGUUAUAGAAAGUGAAGAAGUGAGUCAAGCAAAUAAGGACAAAAUGGAAUAUGAGGAGCAAAAAGGCUCAGAUGAGAACAUGAGUGACAGUGAAUCCAGCAGUCUGAGCAGCAGUGAUGCUGGUUUGUUUACCAAUGAUGAGGGAAGACAAGGUGAUGAUGAGCAGAGUGAUUGGUUUCAUGAAAACGAAUCAGGUGGAGCAUGCGGAAUUACAGGGGUCAUUCCAUGGUGGGAACAGGAAGACUCCACAGAACUGGACAGAGAAUUGCCUGACCCAGUCUUUGAAAGUAUCUUAACUGGUACUUUCCCUCUUAUGUCCCGCUCAGGGAGGAGAGGUUUCCAGAGCAGAUGUAGUCAUCUUCAUGGAAUGCCAGCAAGAAACAUAAAAAAGGCUUCAGGAAACCAGAAUACACUGAUAACUCCAGGAGCAGGAGGUAGCAGGAAAACAGUUCACUUGUCCCAGGAUUCUCUUCACCAUGAUCACUGGUUUAGCCCUGGGGCUAGGAAGGAACAUAGCCAGCUUCAGCUCCUACGAGACAACCGCUCAGACAGGGGACACAAGAAGAACAGCUCUGUAAAAACAGCCAGCAGGCAAACCAGUGUACAUUUAGGAUCAUUGUGCAUGGGAGACAUCAAGCGGAGAAGGAAAGCUGCUCCCCUGCCAGGACCCACAGGGUUUGUAGGUGAAAACACCCAACCAAUCCCAGAAAACAACAUUGGAAACAGAAUGCUUCAGAGUAUGGGCUGGACCCCAGGCACAGGUCUCGGACCAGACGGCAAAGGGAUAGCAGAGCCCAUACGAGCCAUGCAGAGACCCAAAGGACUUGGACUUGGAUUUGGCUGACAGAGAUAAAAAUAAAGCUCAAAAUUAAUUUAAAAAGAAAAAAAAAGAAAGAAAAAGGAAAAAGUGGCAAACAUAUUAUUUGUUGUGAUCGGCAAAUCCAGUUUUUCUUCUCUCAAAGAUGGCUGAAGUCAACGAGCUUCACACAACUCCCACCAGCUGCAAGGUACAGCCGCAGUGACAGAACCGGCAUUCCAGUCCGACUUCAUAAUGGUGCUAAAAUGUACAAAAACUUCUACUUUUUUAUUUUCUGUGGUCUUAAGGUUUGUAUUAAGCAUAAAAUGCAGUAUGCUCACUUUUUUUGGUAAAAGCUUCUGGCACAGCAGGUUUUAAUAUAUAAGGAAAUUUUGUUUUGUAGGUAUAAUUUCAUCUCAAGAUUUGUUGAGGAAAAUGGAACUUUUUACAGCUAUUGUGGCUUCCCCCUUUGCAGGCAAAAUUUCCAGGCCUGGUAUUUAUAGUGUUUAACAAUAUUUGAGUAUAAGUUGUCAUUAUGGCCAUAAUACAUACAUGUUUCCCAGUGGAGGGUGAUAUGGUAUGCAAUUUUGUCUAAGAGCAUGAAAAACAGCUUUGUUGUCAUAGGAAUCUCAUCCCAACACCAUUUUCUGGCAAUGUAUUACUGUCUUCCACAUUCAAGCUGAGAAGUAAUGCUUUUAUACUUGUUUUUAUGUUUACAAAAUUAUCUUUCCUCAGCAAAUACUUUACAGAGUUAAAGUUUACUCCAACUUUGGCUUUCCCUUCAUAUUAAUAAUCCUCAGUGUUGCCACAUUUAAGAAUAGUUUGAGCUUUGAAACAGGAAAUUGUAUUUCAGGGAUGACUGUGUUUCAGUGUUUUUCUGGGGUUUGGCACAUUUUAAACAAUGCAGUAUUCAACAUGGUGUUAACAUUUGGUUUGUGACCGAGCUGUUGCCAGCGAGCCACAACCUUUAAGGAUCAUGAACAGAAAAAGGGCAAGGAGAAGCAGGAUUAGGAUGGAGGAAAGGAAGGCAAAAGAUACUUUGAUGGCAUCUCACAAAUCUAAGCUAGCAAUUUAAAAUCAAGAGGGAUCAUUAAGUGUUUUAAUCAGUAUCCUAAUGUAUCUAAUGUCAGCAGAAGCAAUUUCAUUAAGCACCAACCAAUCAAGCUCCUAGGGUACUUAUUAGUCUGCAGGAUAAAACAAAUUCCACUUUAAAAUUAAAUGAUAGGGCUGAAGGAAACUGUUUUUCAGAUGGACUGAGGAGAAAAUCGUGCCCCUCUCACCACCCAUGCCUCUAGUAGCUGGCAACAUUUACCCUCAUUGCAGAGGGAACAGGAUUUGAUUCUGCAGUCUUUUUUUUUCUUCAAGAGGAGGAUCUCCCUUCCUCAGCUCCCAGGCUGCAGAAAAAAAUACUUAGUUCCAGAUGCUUGCAAAGAUAUUUCUUUAGCAUAAAAAGAGCACAGUUUUGCUCAUGCAACUGUGAAAUAUAGUGAUUAAUUUUAAGACAUGUUUUUAUUACUUUCCUUUUUCUCUCAGCUUCAUCCAUUUUUCCAGGAAAAUAGUAGCAGGAAGAGGAAAACCAGCAGCAUUAUAGCAUUAAAUUUGCUUGAAAGCAAUGUUCAUAUUUUCCAAUGCAAUUACUGUCAGUUUGGGGAUGUUGUUUCAGCAUACCACCAUAGUGUAGAGAUUACAGAUUAGUAGCUGAUGUUGUUUUUAUGAUAGUUGAAUGCACAUGUUCUUUGAGUUUCAGGAAGACCAUUUAUUGCUGUUUAAAUACUUUGUAUGAUUGUGUGGUUUUACUUGUUAAAAUUAUAAGAAAUUUUAAACAGAAUUGGGAUUUAUACAGCAAAAGAUAUGUUUUAUUGUAAGGUUUUGGGGCAUAGCAUAAUGUGAGUUUGCCGCUUCAAAUAUCUCUUGCACAACUGAACUUGGUUAAAUACAUUCCAUAUCCAAAGAAUUUCAAGGCCACAUAGUUACAGAGGGCCAAGAGCCUAGAAUUCUGCAGCUGGCAGAGGUGCCCACUUGUGUGUUAUUCCAAAUAAUGCAUUUCUGUGGCCUGCACCUAUUCGGACAGUGCCAUGUGCUCCUGAGAGCAAGUGAACUCUGACAACCUCUUUGUUUUGUACACUGCAAUCAGAAAUCCCUUAAAAUCAUUUUCAACGUGUGAAUUGCAAAAGUGAAUCUUUUAAGAUCUGUUUGUUGUAGCUCUAUCUGUAAAACUGUAAAAGAAUACUCAGUCUGUUAAAAUUCCACUGUUCUGCUUUAGUUCCAACACCUCCAUGUCUUGGACUGGAAGUAUGGCACCUAUAACACUUCUUUGAAGUAUUUCUGUGCAAUUUAUCAUAGCAGUAGUUUCUCAAGAAAUAAGUGUAGAGCCCCAGAAGUUCUUGAAACUGUUUCCUGUUUUUAAAAGGUAAGAGGGAAAUAAUGCAUGCAUAUUGAGGAAAAAUAUCUUUAGCUGAUUCAACUCUUUUCAUGCAUUCCUACAGAUGCAGUGAAGCAGCCAGCCUAGUAGACUGUCAUAAUGGAUGAACUAUGUAAUCAGAUUGAAAACCUUAAAUUUUUUUGUUCUAAAUCAGCCUUUUAGUGAGAAUCUAUUAGACGUUAAGGUUAGUUAAACUGGUUUUGAUAUAGAGAUAGAUGCACUUUGUUUUCCCCAGGUAUUAUCAAUACAUGCCUCAGCUGACAGUACACUUUAUCUGUUAGAAGCUGUAGAACAAAGUGGUUUAUUAAAAUAUUUUAAUGUAGUGUUUUGAGAUAUUUUUUGUGCAGUAGAAUUCCCAUUCUGGCUCACACUGUGGUUUCAUUUUCAUUUUUCCACAUCUCACAGGAGUGGUUUUAAAGAUACUCCAGCAGUGUGAUUUCAUACAGUUAAAACUAGUGUUAAGAAACAAAACAAAAAUUAAUUGCAGAUUUUAUUUUAAAGCCAUGGCAAUGUUAUUUGGCUUUGAAACAGGUCAAAAUACUUGGAUUUACUGUUUGUUUUCUUCAGAUCUUUCCUAUGUCUAACCUGCAAUCAUACUGUGAUACCUGCUAUAAAGCUGGAACAUAUUAUUUUAAACUACGUAUACAAGUUUUUUCAGAUAAUAAUUCUUUAUGCCUGUGACGCUGAAGUUUUUUGCCUACAUAAAUAAAUACGGGAUAACCUUGUAUCUAAAAGUUGUCAUCCAUCACUUGCCAGAUUCUUUCCAUUUAAAUAUUUGAAUCAGUAGCUCAGCUGUUACCAUGAUAUUCUUCCUCUGAAGAAUGUGUAGUGAAGAGAUGUUGCCUAUUAUCAGCACUGUGUUUUGCUACAUGUUCCAUGGUGUCUCCAAGUUCUGUGAAUUGAGCCAUUAACUGUUAAUAAGAGAAACCCAUGAGCAGUAUCUUAUUUCUGAAUGAAUAUUUGUCGAAGUCAGAGAAGCAUUAUCAAUAUGCUCGUUUAACAAGUUUGUCCCUGCAUUUGUCUUUCUGCAAUUAGGUCAAUAAUGGGUGUAGAACAGCAGUAAAUACCUAAACGCUUUGUAAUAGAACGCUUUGCUUUAACAGCACAAAUGCAAGAUGGAAUAAAAUAGAUAGACUCAAUUCUUCAUGGGCUCUGUAUGUUCUUUUCUUUAAACUACCCUUUUCAGUAGUGCUAUUGCACAGGUGAGUACAAAGGCAUGCUGUUUCUGGAAAUAUAAUUAAAGUGGCUUAUCCCACGUACCAAGUAAAUGCAUACUAGGUUAAGCUAUUGCACUGCCUUUUAUGUACCUUUUUGCUAGUACUUCUUUCCUACUUCUUUCCUUACUUCCUAUUAUUAUCCUGCUGAAGAGGUUACACCACAAUAUCAGGAAAUGCCUCGUUUAAGAUGUUUGCAGUACUUUUGUUAUCAUAUUCUUCUAAGACUUGUUACAAGUCUAAGUACAAGUUCCCUUCACUCCUUAGGUAUGUGUAUGCUUUGAUAACCAUGACAGGGCCUUGUGCUUUCUCUUCCAACAGUUCUCCAGAAUUGUUCCUCCAAGGAAAACUCACACAAUCUUUGUUUUAUUUUCCCUCUCCCCUGCUCCCAGGGCACUUUCAAUGAAGUCAUAUCAGAAAUGGGAAUCCCUCCCCUCUUAAUCAAGAAACUUUCUAAUUACACUUCCAUCCCUAGCAGAGUUUUCAGGAGCAGUGGAGUAGCUGCAAAAGUGUUAGCACACAUUUACUUGCAACUGAUCACAUUAAGUUUUUUGGGCUUCUCAUGAUUCUCUUCUGUCCUAGAACAAAACAGACAAUGGAGCUGUUUUCACCAUGUUGCUUGUAUUUGAAUAUUCAAUCAUUAAGUAAUAAAUUAUGUAAACUUGA